GAAUGGAUAUAAAGAGAAAGGAGCUGGGGAGUGGAGCCACCAUCAGGGCAAGACUCACUCCCAGUGACUAUAGAGGAGUCAGUGCUGUCCCCUGCCAAGAUGAAGCUGCUGUUGCUGUGUCUGGGGCUGAUUCUUGUCUGUGCCCAAGAGGAGGAAAACAGCGAUGUUGUGACAAACAACUUCGAUAUUUCAGAGAUUUCGGGAGAGUGGUAUAGCAUUCUCUUGGCUUCAGACAUCAAGGAAAAGAUAGAAGAAAAUGGUAGCAUGAGGGUUUUUGUGGAAUACAUCCAUGUCUUGGACAACUCUUCUCUGUACUUCAAAUAUCAUACAAAGGUAAAUGGACAGUGUACUCAAUUUUCUGUGGUUGCUGACAAAAUCGGAGAGAAUCAUAUAUAUAAUGUUACCUAUGAUGGAUACAAUGUAUUUCACAUAAGAAAAGUGGUCAAUACUGACUCUAUUAUUAUUUAUCUCGUGAAUUUCAACAAUGACGAACCAUUCCAACUGUUGGAGCUCUAUGCCCGAAAACCAGAUGCGAGUCCAGAAGUCAAGGAGAAGUUGAAGGGAAUUUCCCAAAAACAUGGAAUUGUUACAGAAAACAUAAUUGACCUGACCAAAGCCGAUCGCUGUCUCCAGGACCGAGAGAACGGAGAGGACGAGGCUUAGUGCUGAGUGAGAGUGAACACUUCCUCAGCUGGGCUCCAGGAACUUCCCUCCGUGGUCCCCAUGGCAUCUUGUGACAAGUCCUGUGACCUGAUUUCCAUCACUAGCGCACAUGAAGGCAUUAUCUCUGCAUCUUCAAGAUCUUCCCUAAUUGUCUAGGAAGACUCAUCAACUCACUGAGAAUCAAAGGUUUUACCAGAAUUCCCUACUCUCUUUGCCAUGCCCAGGAGAACUCUCCCAUGCCUAGACCUUCCUCUACCUAGUCAAUAAAUGAUUAUGCAGUCA